AUGGCAGAUUGGAAUCGAGAUCAAGCUGAACAACUGCUCAAGGAGGGGCUCAAGGUCAAGGAGGAGAGGGCAAUAACCCGCCGGGUACAUCGUGGCUCUGGAAAUGAAUAUGGAAGCAACCAGACCUUCAACACUUCUGGGAAUAUAGUCAUCGGACAUGAUAGCACAGAGUCUGGAAUAUUGAACUUCGGGAAUGGAGCUUCGGAUGCAAUCGUUUUGGGAUUACCGACUUUGGCAACAUGA